AUUGCUGAUAAGAUAAAGUUAUCGCAAGAAAGGUAGUCAUACCAUAGCUGUUUGCCUAUCUCAUGAUGUUCAACGAGAAAAAAUCCCAAAAAGACAUUCAAAACAUGAGCUUCACAACCACCAUGGCGUCUCCUAUAAAUAAAAGUCAAAUGUUUGUAUUGCCGAAUCCCGAUGAAAUGGUUAGAUCGAGGAGGGGAAUAAAGUCAAAUAAAUAUAGAAACAUCAAGGCUGUUGAACUGGUUCUUAUUACCAUUACAUUACUCGCACUAUUGUCAGGAAAAAAUCCUACAGAAGAUACCUAUCAAGAUUUGAUGAGUUACGUGUUCGUUGGAUUCACCAUAGCGUACCCCUUGCUAUCGUUAAUUUUUCAAAUUAACGUGAACAAUUUAAGAGCCCAAGUGCUGGGAGUUAAUAUGAUAAUAACUAUUCACUUGAGCUUUAUGGCCUACUACAUUUUAAAGUCAUGGUGGCAAAUUAAUGACCUAGUCGAGGCCGCUGAUUCGCAGCUGCUCGAACCCGGCUUGUAUUUUGAAAUUCAAUAUUAUUUAUCUACUAAAUUUUUUGCAGGAAUUACUAUUGCGACGAAUGCUGGUGUUUUUGCCAGCGAAACUUUAAUGCUUUUGUUAGAAAUAAGUGGUGCUAUAUAAUAUUAAAACUUUUAAAUCAUUAUUUGUAAUAAUAUGGAAAUUGUCUUUAAUGUAAUAAAAGUAAUCUGAUAACUAACUAAG